AUGGCUCUUUACUUCCUUUAUCCCGCCGUGGCCGCCGUCGCCCUGUUCAUCGUGGGCGUUAUCAUUGUCAUGCUGCGCUACGGACCGCGUUUGUGCGGUCUGCGCCACCAUGCGCUGCCGGAUGAUGAAGACCUGCGGGGAAAGACGUACGAGCAUGAGAUUAGCUAUGCCUAAUCUUGUUUGGGGCUGUCCCAGCAAUUUCUUUCAAACAAUAUACAUUUCUCUCCAGCUUUCAGUAACCAAUGCCAGAAUGAAAGAAGUAGUUUCAAAGGUACAAAAUUGUUAGAGAUUUCUGGGACAUCCCCUUCUUUAAUUUACAUACUUACUACAUGCCGGCAAUGCUUUGAAUUGAAUUGCUACUUAUAUAUCUCCCUAAAACUAAUCCUAGCUGCUGUAAGAGCCCACUAACCCGUCUGCACCCACCAACCAUAUCAAUUUUGCAUGCAGUACAAAUAGCUUCAUUAGCAACUAGUUUCGUUCGAGCCGUUUCCAUUCCAUUAUUCACAAUCUGACAAUGUGCCUUCAACGUAGAGACUCGUGAGAAAAUUAUGCCGUCCAAGUGUCUUUCUAGCGCCGUAAGAUCGAACUAUAUUUACAUUUAAUACCCUUUCUGGGGUAGUAUGUGCACAGAUGCUGCAUUUAAUGUUGUCCAAUAUUCUAUUCGUAUGAACAUAUCAGUGUCUUGUAUCUACAAUAGUGUAUGCAAACUCUAUACAUUUGUAUUCGUCCAUUAGUUUUGUAAUAUUGUAUUUUGAAGUUGCAUCAAAUAAAUCUACGGCCUCCAGAAUAA